CUAUUACCUCUUCUACGUACGAAAAAGACGACAGGAUGUACAGUAUAAUAAUAGACACGAAAUAGGAAAUCGAAGAAAUUUAUGAAAGUUCCACCUAUAUUGUUAAUAGCACGAUCCGUAGAGUGAACUCAGUUCUUUGGGAGUCUCCGUAAUUUCCGAAUGGACAAGGUCUCUUGAGCACAUGGCAUGAAAAAAAAAAAACAACAAACGCCAACAACAGAUACACAAAUAAUAAUGAAUACAAAAGUUAGUUUACCGUGCCUUCUCGCAGGUAAUGGUAGGUACCCAGCACCGACUAAAUGACAUUGAAAUGAUCAUUAUGAUGGUAGAAACUUCUACGAAACGGAUAUAAAAAUGAAAUAAUUAACACAAUUGUGGAUCUAUUAAAUGUGCAUUUGUAAUUUGUGAAAAAAUGAAGAUAAUUCCGGCUUAUUAAAGAAUGUGGUUAAUAAUAAUUAUGCCCUAACACGAACUCCUCCAUGGCUAAUUCAACUUGCAACAAUCAAUCACCUGCUGUCGAAUUGGAAAUGACGGAGCGAGCUGUCCGAAUGAGGCCAGCAAGUUUUUACGAUAAUAAAAGUUUAGAGGAGCAGCAACCCUUAAAUCCAACUUCAUCAAAUAACAAUGUGGAUAGUGAGGAGGAUACGAAUCGGUCGCAGAUCAAUUUUUUGAAUACAACAGUUCCACAAAAUAUUAUGAUGCACGAUAUAGUCGGAAAACAUACUCCUACUAGGAAUAGUUUGCGGCACAGCAGGUUGAUUACGUUAACCAAAACUGGUCAAGUUUUAGUAACCAACCAACCACCGACUGAUUUACACUAUCAAAAAUUGGCAAAAGUUCUUCUUGUUUGUAUACUGAUUAUUGGAUUGGCACUCUGUAUAGAAUCUCUGUGGCUACUACUUUGGACACCAAAUUUAAGAUCUAGGGACAAUCCUGGAUGGACUGGUAUACCUGUGUUGGUAUCUAGCUUUGUUGGAAUAUUGUUUAUGAUCAGUAUACCCAAGGAAUACUCUAGACAAAAAUUUGGAUACUGGCGAAAAUCAUUAAAAUAUAUAUCUAUAACAAUCAGCGUCGUAGCAACAGGAACCUCCAUCUUAACCGUCGUGUUCUCAUCGCUUCAUCUAAUUACAUUGUCAUCCAUGAUAUGCGCUCCUCUCGGUAAAUUAGACUCGACUUGCUUGUGUCAGAAAAAUUCAACUGAAGAAACCAUCCUAGACUCAAGUUACCACUACAUCGACUUAAGUUGCGAAGAAGUGGAUAUUUUAAACAUUUUAAUUAUAAUUACGUGUGUAGCUAGUGGUUUUGUUUUUAUUUUCGAGUUACUUUAUCUGUAUUUACAUUGGGUAAGUAGAAAUGUAUAUGAAUAUGUCAGAGUACCAAUUAAUGCACUGAAUAUUCAUCGAGCUAAUAGGUAGCAUUAAUUAUACAUUUUAGAUAGUUAAAAAUUUUAAAUAGUUAAUUUAUGAAACCAAAGUGAUAGUAAUUAAAAAGUUAUGUGAUUUUCUAUUUGAAAAAGUUACAGUGGACAAAACUGUAUGGCUGUACUGCUAUAAUAAAUAAAAUAAUAUUACUUGUCUUUUUGCCAAUUUUGAUAACGAUUUUUGAAUAUUAUUUGAAAUUAUUAUUAAAAAACUAAAAGACUAUUUCAAUCUUUUUUCUACAGCAAUAUUUUAAAGCAUAUUUGGUUCAAUCCUCAUAACCUGCGGUUCAUGGUACCAUUCAUUGAAUAUAAACAAGUCCUCUUGGCACACUGAUGCUUUUUCCGAGGUUGCCACAUAUUACGAGGUUUCUUUGUUCUUCUCAGAGAUAACAGAGAUAUAAGCAGUCAUUGAUAAAAUAUAAUAUUCACGGUGCCAACAUUAGUUCGACAAUGGAUACAUUCUAUUUCUAGACGCGGGGCGAGGCGACGAAAGGUGAGAAGUAAGAGAAGUGAUAGAGAGAAGAAUUUUACGGAAAGAAAACUUAGUUUUAUCAAUGAAUAACUGCGCGCACUUAUAUUACAUAACGUAAAUGUCCAUGCCGGUGUAAGCCCUGUUGCCACUUCCAAUCUAACAUCACUAGGUUUUGGAAUUUGUUGAAAAUUAUUACAUCUAAUUUAGUUAAAUUUAAUAUAACUAAUAUUCAAAAUUUUUUUUUGCAAUAAAAUAGGUUGAAUUAUUUUAGCUUUUUAAAUAUAUGUAAAUAAUUUUGUAAACAAAACGAAAAUAAUGAAAUAGCCAUAUAGUAUGGUGUAGAUUAAAACUUAUUUUAACUUUGCCUCCCACUUCGGUUUUACAAGCUGAAUUUUUCAGGGAUGAAAGUACAUGAUAAGCUAACCCUUAAUACAAAAUUAGACUGUCCAAAAGGGCAUUAUCAUAAAUGCUUAUUUUUUGUUCUAAUGCUCAAUUAGGUCUUUGUAGGAAGUAUUUUUUUAUAAUUAUUUAAAAAAAAUCAUUUACAUUAGUCCUUAUGGUCAAAAAAAAAUUUAAACGUCAAUAUCUCGGUUUCAACCGUCUACAAAUUUGUAUAAAAAAUCUUUUAGAAAUAUACCUUUCAUUUGGCGAAAAAUGAAGGCCUAAAUGAAAAAAAAAAAAAACUAUUCUUCAUAAAAGUUUCGCCUAUGUAUUGACAAGGUAAAAGUACUUUCCUUAUAUUUUUUGCUUUUAAAUUAACAAAAAUAUAGCAAUAAACAAUAAGUGAUGUCAUGGUUUUACUAGAAAUCAAACAUUAAAGGCAGAGCCUUUCGACUCUCUAUGCAUCUCUCUCAGUAUUGAAAUGUAUGCAAUCAGUUUGACUCUCUUAUAUUAUUUUAUACAGGGAUUAUUGAUUUAUCCACUAUGAAUA